AUGGCAUCGCUUGCUGGAUUCGCUGCAGUCUCCUCAAUCUGGCAGACAUUCGGCGUGAAACACCGCAUCGUUCGUGAUAGCGAUAUUGCGCGUAAAGAAAGUGGUUUGGCAGCGACCAAGGAUAUGCUGGCAGUCAAGCAAAGUCGUCUGCGUGCAUUGCAACGUAAGAUGUCCGAAGCAUCACAGGACAAGGGUGGAAUCAUGACCAGAAUGAUUGGUUCGUUCAAAGGCAACUCAGACACAAACGAGCAACGCAGCCUGGAAAUGGAGAUCUCGGGACUGGAGACAAUGUCGAUGACUCUUUCCUCUUCUCUGGCGACCCUUAAGACUCGACAUGCAACACAACAAAGAUCGCAGAACAGCCUUGGACGUGUGUUGAAUGUGCUUAAUCUUGGCUUUUCAUUCUACUGUCUCUAUCGCAUUGCAGCGACAUCUGUUUCUUCAUUACGCAGAUGGUGGCAACCAAACACAACAUUUGCGACCUCAGAUCCCAUCAACAAUGUUCUUGCUCUACUCACCACGCAUUACGACCCAUCACUGGAUCGCGAAGCUUGGUCUCGCCAGAUCUCUUUCGUGCUGUCAGGUGUCAUGCUCCUGCUGUCCUUCAAUGCUGUUCUCCAGACUUUCCGCUUGUUUACUCGCUUCUUCCCCAAGCUAGCCGCUCGCGCACAAUCUGCUCUACCGCUCGUCAUCUCUCAGGUCGCAGGUGCCUACGUCAUCUCUUCUGCAUUGCUUUUGAGAAGUAACCUGCCUAGCGAGGUGAGCAGUGUUAUCAGCGAGGCUUUGGGUGCACCUUUGGAAGGGCGUUUUGUUGAGGCAUGGUUUGAGAGUUGGUUCUUGAUUGCUGUAGUAACAACAAGCAUCGGUAUCUUCAUAAGUCGCAAGGUGGGAUCAUCUACUGAUUGGGAAGACUGGGAAGAAAGUCAAGAUAUGGAAAUGGGAAAGAUGCAUUAA